AGGUAGGGAGGGAGUGGGAGGAGGAGGAGGAGGAGGAGAGGGAGCAGAACGACCAUUUAAAGCGAUAGCAAUCCCUGCUCUCUCCCCAGUGCUGGGCUGGUGGAGAGCGCGAGCGGAGAGCCGGGCGGCGUGAGCUCGGCGCGCCGGCUGCAGAACCCUAGAGCGCAGGGCGCCCACGGCUGGCAGGCGCUGCGGGACACCCCCAACCCUCUGGCUGCCCCUUCGCGGGGGCCCCACCCUCGUGCCUGCAGAAGUCCUCGGGCUUUCCCGGAGGAUCUCACUUGGAGGGGCCCGGACCUCAGCGAGCCUACCACCCCGCUUCCAGCGCCGCCGCCGCUAGACCCGCAGCCAGAGCAGCAUGGUACAGCUGGGGAAGCUGCUCCGCGUCCUGACUUUGAUGAAGUUCCCCUGCUGCGUGCUGGAAGUGCUCCUGUGCGCGCUGGCGGCGGCGGCGCGCGGCCAGGAGAUGUACGCCCCGCACUCGAUCCGGAUCGAGGGGGAUGUCACCCUCGGGGGGUUGUUCCCGGUGCACGCCAAGGGUCCCACCGGAGUGCCCUGCGGCGACAUCAAGAGGGAGAACGGGAUCCACAGGCUGGAAGCGAUGCUCUACGCCCUGGACCAGAUCAACAGUGAUCCCAACCUGCUGCCCAACGUGACGCUGGGCGCUCGGAUCCUGGACACUUGUUCCAGGGAUACUUACGCGCUCGAACAGUCGCUCACUUUCGUCCAGGCGCUCAUCCAGAAGGAUACCUCCGAUGUGCGCUGCACCAACGGCGAACCCCCCGUUUUCGUCAAGCCAGAGAAAGUAGUUGGAGUGAUUGGGGCUUCGGGGAGUUCGGUCUCCAUCAUGGUAGCCAACAUCCUGAGGCUUUUCCAGAUCCCCCAGAUUAGUUAUGCAUCAACGGCACCUGAGCUCAGUGAUGAUCGGCGUUAUGACUUCUUCUCUCGUGUGGUUCCUCCUGAUUCCUUCCAAGCCCAGGCCAUGGUAGACAUUGUAAAGGCCCUAGGCUGGAAUUAUGUGUCUACUCUUGCAUCUGAAGGAAGUUAUGGAGAGAAAGGUGUGGAAUCCUUCACGCAGAUUUCCAAAGAGGCAGGUGGGCUCUGCAUUGCUCAGUCAGUGAGAAUUCCCCAAGAGCGCAAAGACAAGACCAUUGACUUUGACAGAAUUAUCAAACAGCUCCUGGACACUCCCAAUUCCAGGGCCAUCGUGAUUUUUGCCAACGAGGAAGAUAUAAAGCAGAUCCUUGCAGCAGCCAAAAGAGCUGACCAAGUGGGCCAUUUCCUUUGGGUGGGAUCGGACAGCUGGGGCUCCAAAAUAAACCCCCUGCACCAGCAUGAAGAUAUUGCAGAGGGAGCCAUCACCAUUCAGCCUAAGCGAGCAACCGUGGAAGGGUUUGAUGCCUACUUUACAUCCCGCACACUUGAAAACAACAGAAGAAAUGUAUGGUUUGCUGAAUACUGGGAGGAAAACUUCAACUGCAAGCUGACGAUUAGUGGGUCAAAAAAAGAAGACACAGAUCGCAAAUGCACAGGACAGGAGAGAAUUGGAAAAGAUUCCAACUAUGAGCAGGAGGGUAAAGUUCAGUUCGUGAUUGAUGCCGUCUAUGCCAUGGCUCAUGCCCUUCAUCAUAUGAACAAGGAUCUCUGUGCUGAUUACCGGGGUGUUUGCCCAGAGAUGGAGCAAGCUGGAGGCAAGAAGUUAUUGAAAUAUAUCCGCAGUGUUAACUUCAAUGGUAGUGCUGGUACCCCAGUGAUGUUUAACAAGAAUGGAGAUGCACCUGGGCGUUAUGACAUCUUCCAGUACCAGACAACAAACACCACCAACCCUGGCUAUCGUCUGAUUGGGCAGUGGACAGAUGAACUUCAGCUCAAUAUAGAGGACAUGCAGUGGGGAAAAGGAGUCCGAGAGAUCCCACCCUCUGUGUGCACGUUGCCCUGCAAGCCUGGGCAAAGGAAGAAGACACAGAAGGGUACACCUUGCUGCUGGACCUGUGAGCCUUGUGACGGGUACCAGUACCAGUUUGAUGAGAUGACAUGCCAGCAUUGCCCCUAUGACCAGCGGCCCAAUGAAAAUAGAACUGGCUGCCAGAAUAUCCCUAUCAUCAAACUGGAGUGGCAUUCCCCCUGGGCCGUCAUCCCUGUCUUCCUGGCAAUGUUGGGGAUCAUCGCCACUAUCUUUGUCAUGGCCACUUUCAUCCGAUACAAUGACACGCCCAUUGUCCGGGCCUCUGGGCGGGAACUCAGCUAUGUUCUGUUGACUGGUAUCUUUCUGUGCUACAUUAUCACUUUCCUGAUGAUAGCCAAGCCCGAUGUGGCCGUGUGUUCCUUCCGGCGUGUUUUCUUAGGCUUGGGUAUGUGCAUCAGUUAUGCAGCCCUUUUGACAAAGACCAAUCGGAUUUAUCGCAUAUUUGAACAGGGCAAGAAAUCAGUGACAGCUCCCAGACUCAUAAGCCCAACGUCACAGCUGGCAAUCACUUCCAGUUUAAUAUCAGUUCAGCUUCUAGGGGUUUUCAUUUGGUUUGGUGUUGACCCACCCAACAUCAUCAUAGACUAUGACGAACAUAAGACGAUGAACCCUGAGCAGGCCAGGGGAGUUCUCAAAUGUGACAUUACAGAUCUCCAAAUCAUUUGCUCCUUGGGAUAUAGCAUUCUUCUCAUGGUCACAUGUACUGUGUAUGCCAUCAAGACUCGGGGUGUACCAGAGAAUUUUAACGAAGCCAAACCCAUUGGAUUCACUAUGUAUACGACAUGUAUAGUAUGGCUUGCUUUCAUUCCAAUUUUUUUUGGAACUGCGCAGUCAGCGGAAAAGCUCUACAUACAAACUACCACACUUACAAUCUCCAUGAACCUAAGUGCAUCAGUGGCGCUGGGAAUGCUAUACAUGCCGAAAGUAUACAUCAUCAUUUUCCACCCUGAACUCAAUGUCCAGAAACGGAAGCGAAGCUUCAAGGCAGUAGUCACAGCAGCCACCAUGUCGUCUCGGCUGUCACACAAACCUAGUGACAGACCCAACGGUGAGGCAAAGACAGAACUCUGUGAAAAUGUAGACCCAAACAACUGUAUACCACCAGUAAGAAAAAGUGUACAAAAGUCUGUUACUUGGUACACUAUCCCACCAACAGUAUAGCUUUUGACUGCUUUCCGAAAGGCCCUGCUGCAAAAAAGAAGUAUGUCAGUUAUAACAACCUGGUUAUCUAACCUGUUCCAUUCCAUGGAACCAUGGAGGAGGAAGACCCUCAGUUAUUCUGUCACCCAACCUGGCAUAGGACUCUUUUGGUCCUGCCCGCUUCCAAUCACUGGAGGAGCUUCCCCGGCUGGGAGACCAAUGUUAGAGGAUCCAAGUGUCCUAAACAGCUGCUUUAUGAAAUAAUCCUUACUUUAUCUUGGCUUAAUAAGUCACUGGCAUCAGCACUGCCAAUGAGGCUGCAAUUCUGGACCUUCCCUUCCAAAGGGAGUGUUGAGACUCAAGUCCCACCCAGGCUCCUUAGGAUGAACCAUGGAGAGCCACAGGACCGUUGUGGGGCUGACCUGUCUUUCUACGUAUGUCCUUCAAGGAUGCAAGGUUUUGAAAUUUUCUGUACAGUUUGUGAGGACUUUUGCACUUUGCCAUCUGACGUCGUAUCUCGGUUCACUGUUUGUUUUCGAUUGCCCUGUUUUCAUAGAACCCUAUUCUCACAGAUGGUGGAAUAUUGGGAAAAUUUUAAAACAAUUAAAAUUUUAAAAAGAUCUCGGCAGACAAAAACGACAUGCAUACAUCUGUACAUGACUGUAUAAUUAUGAUUACAGUACCACUGCAAAUCAUGCUAUUUUUUUUAGACAAAAAGAUAUUUAAAGACCAAAAACUGUGCUGAGAAAGUAUGCCCCACCUAGCUUUGGUUUGUGAUAGUUACACAAAAGAAAAGCAUUGGUCACAUGGAAUAGAGGUCUUGAUCUUUGGAAUGCAUGCUAGUAAUGUAUUUUACAGUACAUGUUAAUAAUUUAUGUUCAAUAUUUGUAUUUGUGUUCCUUUUUGUUAUUUUAAUUAGGGUAUAUGGAUAUUUUGCAAUAAUUUUAAUAAUUAUUAAGCUAUUUGAAGGAAAGAAUAUGGAUUUUUCACGUCUUGAGGUUUUGUUCAUGCCCCCUCUGACUGACCAGUGUGAUAAGGACUUUAAAAAACAGCAUGUAUGUUUUUUACUGUUUGUAAUAAGUACUUUCGUUAAUCUUGCUGCUUAUGUGCCAAUUUAGUGGAGAAAAGAAAAUCCUUGCUGAAAAAUUCCCUUUCCAUUCUCUUUCAAUUCUGUGGUAUUGUCCAAGAAUGUAUCAAUAAAAUACUUUGGUUAA